AUGUCGCCAACACUUCUUGCCGGUCUCCGAGAUACGGCCAACAUACCGUUACACUUCAGUCUGUGCAACAUCGGCCUCUUCGUCCUUGCGGCAUGGCUCGUUCUUCUAUUGCAGGGCGCGACUGACAGAGCGGUUAACCAGUCCACAUUUCGAGAUUUUGCCAGGAAGAACAACUGCGCACCGGGCACAGCACUCCCGAAACCUUUCUUGGGUGGCAUUCGACACAAGCUCAACCUACUGCUGUAUCCUGGAGGUGAUCUUCUGGACGUGGUAUUUGCCAACAAGUUCCUCAAGUAUGGAUCAACAUACACACUCACAGAUGGCUGUGGCCAACCCGUGGUCGUGCACACCAUAGACCCGAAGAACAUCAACUCGAUUCUAUGCAAGAACGAGAAAGCCUGGGGUCCAGCCAAGAGUCGGGCGCGAACCAUGUACGUCAAUAUGAAGGGCAGGAGGCAUUGUCCGUCUGAGACAUGCGUGCUGCAUCUCCAUCUCAGCACUAGUUGCUGA